CGUUGACCAGAUAUGCCUAUGCAACCUUUAAUAAAAAGCAAUGUAAACCAACCCAGAAUUCGUCGUACCCACUCAGGUUGUCGACCAUGCCGUAAAAGAGGAAAGCGGUGCGACGAGGCAAGGCCAAGCUGCCAGGCCUGCAAAAGGCUGUCACUGGAUUGUAACUAUGGUAUCGACUAUACUUUCCGUAACUUGGACGGGGCACUGUUCCAGCGGCAGCCAGCAGGUCAAACAACCUCAACUCGAUCAAGCCCGAUUUCGAAACGGAGUACGGCGAAGCGUGUGCUAGACCCUAAAAUCAAGAUUGGCAUGCUCAAUCACCUGAGCAGACUGGAGACUCCUAGUGUACCACUAACUGUUAGCACGUAUCAUGAGAUAGAGGUCAGAUACUUGAACCAUUUCCAAACCCAUGUGCGCCAUCUCCUUCCGGCAGCUUCUCUGGAAUUUAUCAACAGAUCCCUGCAAUCACCGGCAUUGCGAUUCGCUGUGCUUUGCAUAUCAGCAUCCAACCUCUCGAUGCUCAACUCAGGAGUCCAGAAUCGCAUCUUACCAAAUGAUAGCCGGAAAUCUGUUCACAGUCCACUCGUCAAUGGCUUGCAUCACAGUUUUGCCCAGAAAUAUCACGAUCUGGCGUUCUGGAACUGCCGGGCUGCGGAGGCAGAUGAAAUAAAAAAUGAAGCACCUGCCUUACUUGUUGCGCACGUUCUUCUGGCUUAUUAUCACCAUGCAUCGACCGAUCAUUUACAAUUUCGAAUCGCCGUGAGGGAUGCUGUCCGAUUCGUUUUGCAGAGCAGAACGAAUAUCGUCGAUUCUGCAGAUGGUGUUGACUCCUUGCAAAUGUGGUACCGUCUCUGCACAUCUCACCGACCAGCGAAGCCACCUGCUCUCCUCCUUGAAGGGGAGGGAGCUAGUUCCUUUGUGCCAAAUCUCCUUCCGGAUGUUACUGAGCAUCUCUAUCUCAACUGUAUUUUGGGCAUGAGUGUAAAUGACCUCAUUCAUGACAUCCUUAUCAAGACACUUGAAAUCCGGACAAAGCUGAUGGUGUUUCGUUGCGUAGCAGCCAUCCGUCAGGUCUCUGAGACAUCGAGAGACAUUGGUCCUCUUGCCCAUGAGAUGAUGAAUAAAAUGCUAGGACGAGAAUGUGGACCGGAUGAAUAUGUGGAAGCCCGCGAUAGCUUUGUCCGCGGCUCAAAUCUACUAGGUCUGUUGGAUGUGCAAAAAGAACGCCUGAAGGUGUGGCGAUCUCGACUCAGUCCGGGCCAGUUGCAAACACAAUACGGCUCUAUUUCCAGUAUACAAAGCCAAGGGAGCCCUGAAGAUUCACAUUUACUCACUAGCCAACGUAUUCAGAACCAUCGAGAUGUCAUGAACGCCUUGUACUGUUUACUGUGCGAAAUGACAUUCGAAGAAGCCAAGCAAGCUUUCACGUCGCACCACACGUCUACAGUUGUUGGAAUCGAUCCUUCAAAUCCGAUUGCCAACAUGGCUUACAGCGCAUACCAUAUUGCUGAUAGUCUUAAUCUUGCCGUGUCAAAUACGUCGGACGUUUACACGAUGAGUCUAGCGGAGGUAUUGCUGCAACUUGUGUUUCUCUGGCGUUCGGAUGAGCUGUUUCACUACAUUCUGGAUAUUCUGUGGCCACGGCUUGAGGCACAUGGGAGGGGAUAUGAGCACUCCCACUACCCUACGCAUCUUGUCAAGAGGAUUAUAACUCAAGCUGCAGUAUACUGGGAGCAGGGUCGAGUUGUAAACUUUGCUCUGCCGGCAGUCGCCGAGGAUACAUCGAAAUUAAAACUGUUGGAUAUUGAUCAUCCGGUGGACCUGGUGGUGUGUGGGUACAACACAGAUGGCAUGUAUUUCAUUGAGAAAGGCCCGCUACCUUGA